UCACUCGGCUCACACGCUCGACUAAUGGAUAACGGACUUAACCUCAUAAUUUCACAAAUAUCACUAUAGUAUAGAAUACAGUUUAUUUCUAACAAUAAAUUGAAAUUUAAAUAAUCUAACAAAAUUAUAUUAGAAUUACUAUCGGAAAUUCGUUCUGGAAAAUUAUAUGAAUGUUGAGGGUGAAAAAAAAUGUCAUGAAGUGCAGUUCAAUAUCGGAAUAUAACUUCUGUAGAAAUUGAAUUUUCUUGAAUAUUUCUGUACAAUGUCGGAUAAGCAAAAAAUAUUUUUUUUUAGACUGUUGUGCGGCGAUGUGGAAGGAAAAUUCGACACUCUAUUUAAAAGGGUAGAGAGCAUUAAUAAAAAAUCUGGACCCUUUGAUAUACUUCUAUGUGUGGGGAAUUUUUUUGGAGUAAAUAAUAAAGAAUUUACCCCUUAUAAAAUAGGAGAUAAGAAGGUUCCUGUUCCAACAUAUAUCCUUGGACCUAAUAAAGAAGACCAUGUCCCUUUCUAUCCAUCCGAUGAUUCUGAAUUUGAAUUGUGCGACAAUGUGUACUACCUCGGCAAAAGAGGGGUGUAUACAGACAGCAAAGGGGUGAAGAUAGCUUACUUAAGUGGAAUAUUUGAAACUAAUAUUGAGACGCCAUGGACAUACAAUGCCAAAGAUGUUUCUGGUUUAUGUGAUGCUUGUGUUCGAGGAAAUCCAUCUUUCCGAGGUGUUGACAUACUCUUAACGUCACAGUGGCCAGCUGGAAUAAUAUCAGGAAAUUCAAAUGUUUCAUUAUCGACAAAUGCUGUCAGUGAUCUACCAAGCUACUUAUGUAUGAAAUUGAAACCCAGGUACUUGGUUAGCGGACUAGAGGGAAUCUAUUAUGAGAGACCCCCAUUUAGAUGUCCUAAUUUAGGCGAUCAUGACACUACCUUAGAAAGCGUUACACGCUUUAUAGGACUAGCUCGAGUGGGUAACCCUAAUAAAGAUAAAUGGAUAUACGCUCUAAGCAUAACACCUUUAGAUAAAAUGAAAAUGUCGGAUCUCUUUCAAAAGACGACAGAUGAGACACCUUGUCCGUUUAACUUCAACGAAUUAGAAAGCAAAAUUUUUAAAAUUAAAAGGAAGAUAUCUGGGGUUAACCAGUAUUUUUAUGAUAUGAAUGCCACCGACGAAGGUGAAGAGAAAAAUAAGAAAAGGAACAAAAAGCCUAGAAUUGAAAUGGAUCAAAGUAAAUGUUGGUUCUGUUUGGCUAGUCCGUCGGUGGAAAAGCAUCUUAUAAUUGCAGUGGGAAAUGCAGCAUAUUUAGCACUAGCUAAAGGUGGUAUAGUGGAGGAGCACUUGCUUAUCUGCCCCAUAGAGCAUUACCAAAGCAGCCUAGGCCAACCCCCAGAUGUAUUGGAAGAAAUUAAUCAAUUUAAGGAAGCUUUAAAAAAGUUUUAUUUAAGAAAUAAUAGAAUACCAGUAUUCUUUGAAAGGAACUACAAAACUUCACACAUGCAGCUACAAGCAAUUCCUAUACCAAAAAAUGCGGACCGGGAACUAAAAGAUAUUUUUGUGGACGAAUCUGAAGCUCAGGGGUUCAAACUAGACGUCUUGGAGUCUCACGGUCGCUUAGACCAAGUUAUCCCACUGAAAGUUCCGUAUUUCACAGUGGAAUUACCAGACGGCACCGUUUUGUACACAAAAAUCCAAGGCUCCGUCCAUUUCCCUUUAAAUUUUCCAAGGGAGGUGUUAUCGUCAGGACCCGUACUGGACAUGCCCAACAGGGUGGAGUGGAAGGACUGCAUACUUCCGAAGGAGGAGGAAGAGGAACUAGUGCAGAGACUAAGGACGGAUUUUGAACCGUUUGAUUUCACUAUGUAAGGUAUUGCAAAGAAUAUGAAUAUAUUUAUUUUGUUUAAA